AUGGCGAACGUUACUUACGAGGGUGUGCCCUACUUUGUGACAGGGAAAGAGGGGUCCAAGGCCGGCGUUAUUGUCAUUCAGGAAUGGUGGGGCUUGAAUGAGCAGAUCAAGAAGACAACUCAGCGAUAUGCCGAUGCUCUGGGCAGUCUUGCGGUUUCUCCAGAUCUGUAUCGUGGAAAGGUGGCUACUGAAGCCGACGAGGCGAACCAUUGCAUGUCAACUUUGGAUUGGCCUCGCGCAAUUGAGGACAUUAAAAAUGCUGUCAAAUUUUUAAAGUCGAAAGGCGCUGAGAAAGUUGGAAUUACUGGCUUUUGCAUGGGUGGAGCCCUGACCUUGGCAUCCUCGAUCAACGUCCCCGAACUUGCCGCUGGCGUAGUAUUCUAUGGUGUACCCCCAAACGCCGACCCCAAACAAGUAAAGAUUCCUCUUCAAUUCCAUUUCGGCGACCAAGAUGAAUCGAAAGGCUUUUCGGAUAAGGAGACUGCCGACAAGCUCAAGGCGGGACUGAAGGAAGCUGGGAAGGACGUAUCCGAGUUUUACCAGUAUCCUGACGCAGACCACGCUUUCAUGAACGAAGAGGCCCCCGCUUAUCCGUACAAUCCCGAAGCGGCUAAGGUCGCGUUUGACCGCAGUAUCUCGUUCUUUAAGAAACAUUUGCUGUAG